AUGGCGAUAGAAAAUGUAAAAUGUGAGAACAUUUAUGCAGGAAGUUUGGGUAAAUGUCUUGUUUACGAAUGGAAGACUGAUUGGGGCUCUGACCUGACCACCCGAGAGUUCGCACAGGUCCAUAAGCGCGACAGAAUCAUUACCCACUAUGCCACUGAUGAAGGAGCACUGGCGAAAAGUUCCCCAGCUGUAACACUGUAUGAUCUCGACUUUAGAAAUAACGACUUUGACAAGGGAAUACUGGCAAUCAGACCACUCCUGUCAGCCGGGAACCAGGUGUGCUUUAUCGCACAUCCGGACAAGUUUUGGCAUGGAACCGUAAAUGCUGUCACUAAACGACACGGGAUGACAGUUUCAGCGCCGGUGACUUCUUCUAACUACUAUAAACUGAAGAAAUUGCUUCCAUCGGAUCUUGAUCCAUUAUCUAUACAGAGUAUCGCUGACUUCUGUAAUGUAGACUCUGACCAUAUAUUUUACAUGGAAACUAUAAGUUUUAAUUCAUAUAAAGGGUACAGCAAGAAACUCAAGGUGAAUGGAAUAUUCGGCCGCCUGUGCGUGGGUAUUCCAAAGAGGUUCACCAGCACAGUAUUUGGUAAUUGAUUUAAGCAAGGACGAUGUUAUUUAAACAUCGAUAAAUUAAUAACAGUAACAGUAAUAACGACAAUGUUAUUUUAGCAUCGACAAAUUAAUUACAGUAACAGUAAUAAAGACGAUGUUAUUUUAGCAUCGACAAAUUAAUUACAGUAACAGUAAUAAAGACGAUGUUAUUUUAGCAUCGACAAAUAAUAACAGUAACAGUUAUAAAGACAAUGUUAUUUUAGCAUCGACAAAUUAAUAACAGUAACAGUUAUAAAGACGAUGUUAUUUUAGC